AUGUUCCCAUAUAAAUUGCCAUGGAUCAGAUUUUCCCGUAGUUUUUUUGUGUAAUCCAUAUUCAAUGUCGUAUUUUAGCCUUGAUUUUGUUCGCUCUUCUUCUGAAUUCUCUUCAAGCUUCGGCCGUUCCCAUCAAAUACGAUGAGAAUACAAGUCGGAACAAUACGAUGGAGAUUGAGCCGAUCGAGUCGAAGAACACCACUGGCAAGGAGAUGGAAAAGUUGGAGUUGUUGCACAACCAUCAUCAUCACGGCCAUCAUCAUGUCCAUGUCCAUGUAAGUAUUGCUGAAGCCCCUAAACUCUAUUUAGGGGCAAAACUUGACUUUUUGCCCAUUCAGAAAAAAAAAAGAAUUUUUCCAAGCUGCGCCCGAGCCUUACCUCGGAACUCGUUUUUCUAGCUACCAGUUAGUUUUUGGCCACUUUGGAAGCAAAAUUCAAAAUUUUUACCCAUUUUUAAUUCAUUCAAACAAUUAUAAUUUUUCCAAGCUGCGCCCGAGCUUCACCUCGAAACUUGUUUUUCCCAGCUGCCAGUUGAUUUCUGUCAAUUUUGGAAGCAAAAUUUAAAUUUUUUACCCAUUUUGAACUCAUUCAAAAAAUAAUAAUUCCUCGAGCUGCGCCCGAGCCUUAUCUCGGAACUCGUUUUUCUGGCUAGCAGUGGAUUUUUUGUCAAUUUUGGAAGCAAAAUUCAUUUUUACCCGUUUUGAACUCAUUUAAAAAAUAAUAAUUUUUCCAAGCUGCGCCCUAGCUUUACCUAGAAACUCGUUUUUUCUGGCUACCAGUGGAUUUUUGUCGAUUUAAGAAGCAAAAUUUAAAUUUUUUACCCGUUUGAACUCAUUCAAAAAAAAAUAAUUUUUCCAAGCUGCGCCCGAGCUUUGCCUCGAAACUCGUUUUUUCCAGCUACCAGUUAAUUUUUGGCAAUUUUGGAAGCAAAAUUCAAUUUUUUUACCCAUCCCCGUUCAAUAAUGCAAAAGAAAUUCCUGUCUGUCGUUCCGGCCGCUCGAAAUGAAGCCGAUCUAUUCUCAUUUUGGAAAAUUCGAAGCAAAAAAUCGGUCAAUUUCAGCAUUUUGUGGGAAAAUUCAAUUUCAUUUCUCAAUUUUGGAAUCAAAAAACAGGAUGUGAGAAGAUAAGUGUGUUGUGCGGUCGGCUUCUUUCUCUGCGUGUGCAGUGUGAAAUUUUUUUGGGAUCUCUGCGAAUUCUGCCUUUGACUGUAUGAACUAAUGAAAAAUAUACGCGAAGGGGUCCGAAGGGCCCCCGAGCGUCUCUGCAUAAAGUCAACGGCAGUUUCAGCGCGAGUGAGGGUGCCGAAGGCGCCCGACCCUCAAAAUAUCUUAAAAUUUCAAAAAAGUUCUGAUUAAAAGUUUUCUGAACGUGCCAGAAUGGAGGGGUCCCGCAGGGACCCCCGACAUUCUGGUUUUUAAUUCAUUCAAACAAUUAUAAUUUUUCCAAGCUGCGCCCGAGCUUCACCUCGAAACUUGUUUUUCCCAGCUGCCAGUUGAUUUCUGUCAAUUUUGGAAGCAAAAUUUAAAUUUUUUACCCAUUUUGAACUCAUUCAAAAAAUAAUAAUUCCUCGAGCUGCGCCCGAGCCUUAUCUCGGAACUCGUUUUUCUGGCUAGCAGUGGAUUUUUUGUCAAUUUUGGAAGCAAAAUUCAUUUUUACCCAUUUUUAACUCAUUCAAAAAAUAAUAAUUUUCCCGAGCUGCGCCCGAACUUUGCCUCGAAACUCGUUUUUCUGGCUAGCAGUGGAUUUUUUGUCAAUUUUGGAAGCAAAAUUUAAGUUUUGUACCCAUUUUUAACUCGUUCAAAUAAAGAAGAAUUUUUUCAAGCUGCGCCCGAGCCUUAACUCGGAACUCGUUUUUCUAGCUACCAGUUGAUUUCUGUCAAUUUUGGAAGCAAAAUUUAAAUUUUUUACCCAUUUUAAACUCGUUCAAAAAAAAUAAUUUUUCCGAGCUGCGCCCGAGUUUUACCUCGGAACUCCUUUUUCAGGCUACCAGUCGAAUUUUUCUCCAUUUUCUGAAUCCUCCAUUCCAAAAAAAGCUUCAGACUUUCAAUUCGACAUAUAAAUUAAAGUUUUGUCAAGUCUCGGGCGCAGCUUGCAAAAAUUAUUUUUUAUUGUGAGGCUUUGAUUUUCUUCAAAUUUUUCAUACAUCGUCUGUCUGUGACGCAUAUCAAUGUAAGAAAAUUUUAACUCAUUGUACAAAAUUUUAACCGGCAUUUUCACUGGUCUACAGUAGUAUAAUAUGAUGACUAAUCGUAAAAUAAAUUUUUUAUUUUUUUAGAGAAGCGGAUUUUGUUGGAGCUGCAAUAGUGGUAAGUUUGGUAUUGUUGGAGCAUAAAUCGAUUCUGUUUUAAGGCGCCUUUUCAGCUGGAGGUAGUCUUUUUGUCUUGGCUUUCAUAGGAUUCAUCAUUUGUUCCAGUUGCUGCUGUGUAAGGAUGAUUUUAAAUUCAAUUUUUUUAUUGUUGGGGUAAAAUACGUGGACUCAAGUUUCUUCAACAUUAUUUUGGGGCCGGAAAUUGCAAAAAAAUUUUAAAAAAAUUGACUGUUUUUGAAGAAUUUUGAGAGAAAACUUGAUUUUUUGUCUAAAAUAAGGUUGGAAUUGAGGUUGUAUACCUAUUUGUAACAAAUAUCGGACUUGGUCUUCAAUUUCCAUGAGAAGCUAUUAGCCGGCUACGAUAAUUUUUUUGUGAAUUUUGCAAAAAUAUUAUAUUUUUUAGUCAUCAAAAAAUGGCCUAAAUUACGAUAAAAGAUCUCAUUUCCCCUCAAUUUUUGCCAAAUUCAGAACUUAUUUUUAUAUUUCACCUACUGUAAAUGUUCCGUAGCCAUAGCUUACACUAAAUUCUACUCGAAAAUUUUACCAUAUUUUACAUUAAUUCACAAUUUUUUCAGCGACGACCGCGCCCUGUAGUAGUCCCAGUCGAUCAGCCGAUGGUCGCGCAGCCGCCUCCGCAAAGCUACAAUCCCCCGGGCGGCCAAUUUUAUCAACAACAGCCUCAAAUGCAGCCACAAUAUCAACAACAGCCUCCGCAAUACUCAUACACUCCGCCUGCACAGCCGAAUGUUGUGAUGGUCGAAGGAACUUCGACCACCCCGAGAAAGACUUAA